UCGGCGGCUGGACGGGAGCGGAGCGGAGCCGCGCUGCCAGCCCGCCCCGUCCCGUCCCGAGCCGACCCGAGCGGGCAGCGCCCGGGGGCAGCCGCCGCCCCAUGCGCUGAGGGGCGGCGGGAUGGGGCCGCGGGGCGCCGGCCGCUGGGCCGGCCGGGCCGAGGCGCCGGCUCCCGGUUGGACGUGCCUCCUGCCGCUGCUGCUGUGCGCCGCGCUCCGGAGUCUGCUGGCCAGCCCCGGCAGCGAGGUGAACUUACUGGACUCACGCACAGUAAUGGGGGAUCUAGGAUGGAUAGCCUACCCAAAAAAUGGGUGGGAAGAAAUUGGUGAGGUGGAUGAAAACUAUGCUCCAAUACACACAUACCAAGUAUGCAAGGUAAUGGAACAGAAUCAGAACAACUGGCUUCUGACCAGCUGGAUCUCUAAUGAAGGGGCAUCCCGCAUCUUCAUUGAGCUCAAAUUCACCCUGAGGGACUGUAACAGCCUUCCAGGAGGACUUGGGACCUGCAAAGAGACUUUUAACAUGUAUUACUUUGAAUCAGAUGAUGAAGAUGGGAGGAACAUCAAAGAAAACCAGUAUAUCAAGAUCGAUACCAUUGCUGCUGAUGAGAGCUUCACAGAGUUGGACCUCGGUGACAGAGUUAUGAAGCUAAACACAGAGGUAAGAGAUGUCGGACCCCUAACGAAAAAGGGAUUUUACCUCGCUUUCCAGGAUGUGGGUGCCUGCAUCGCCCUAGUCUCUGUGCGCGUGUACUACAAGAAAUGCCCAUCCGUGAUCCGCAACCUGGCCCGCUUUCCUGACACCAUCACAGGAGCGGAUUCCUCACAGCUGCUAGAGGUGUCAGGUGUCUGUGUCAACCACUCAGUGACUGAGGAGGCGCCGAAGAUGCACUGCAGUGCUGAGGGGGAAUGGCUGGUGCCCAUUGGGAAGUGCUUGUGCAAGGCAGGGUACGAGGAGAAGAACAACACCUGCCAAGUCUGCAGACCUGGGUUCUUCAAAGCUUCACCCCACAGUCCAUCCUGCAGCAAAUGUCCCCCUCACAGCUACACGCUUGAUGAAGCAUCCACAUCUUGCCUGUGUGAAGAACACUAUUUUAGGAAGGAAUCAGACCCACCUACAAUGGCCUGUACAAGACCCCCCUCUGCUCCUCGGAGUGCCAUCUCAAAUGUUAACGAGACUAGUGUCUUUCUGGAAUGGAUUCCCCCUGCUGAUACUGGUGGAAGGAAAGAUGUGUCUUAUUAUAUUGCAUGCAAGAAGUGCAACUCACACUCAGGUCUGUGUGAGUCGUGUGGCGGUCAUGUCAGGUACCUCCCCCAGCAAACCGGCCUGAAAAACACCUCUGUCAUGAUGGUGGAUCUGCUUGCUCAUACAAACUAUACCUUUGAAAUUGAGGCAGUGAAUGGAGUGUCCGACCAGAACCCUGGAGCCCGGCAGUUUGUGUCUGUAAAUGUAACCACAAACCAGGCAGCACCUUCUCCAGUCAGUAGUGUGAAAAAAGGGAAGAUAACUAAAAAUAGCAUCUCCCUUUCCUGGCAGGAGCCAGAUCGACCCAACGGCAUCAUCCUGGAAUACGAAAUCAAAUAUUUUGAAAAGGACCAGGAGACGAGCUACACCAUCAUCAAAUCCAAAGAGACGACGAUUACGGCAGAUGGCUUGAAACCAGGUUCAGCGUACAUCUUCCAGAUCCGAGCCCGGACAGCUGCCGGCUACGGUGGCUUCAGCCGAAGAUUUGAGUUUGAAACCAGCCCAGUGUCAGUAGCUGCAUCCAGCGAUCAGAGCCAGAUUCCUAUAAUUGUUGUGUCUGUAACAGUGGGAGUCAUUCUGCUGGCUGUUGUUAUCGGUUUCCUUCUCAGUGGAAGUUGCUGCGAUCAUGGCUGUGGGUGGGCUUCUUCUCUGCGUGCUGUUGCCUAUCCGAGCCUAACAUGGCGAUGUGGCUACAGCAAGGCUAAACAAGAUCCAGAAGAAGAAAAGAUGCAUUUUCAUAACGGCCACAUUAAGUUGCCUGGAGUAAGGACCUACAUUGACCCCCACACCUAUGAGGACCCUAAUCAAGCUGUCCAUGAGUUUGCUAAGGAAAUUGAAGCUUCGUGCAUAACCAUCGAAAGAGUUAUUGGAGCUGGUGAAUUUGGGGAAGUCUGCAGUGGGCGACUGAAGCUGCAGGGAAAGCGGGAGUUUCCGGUGGCUAUCAAAACCCUGAAGGUGGGCUACACAGAGAAACAGAGACGAGAUUUCUUGGGAGAAGCAAGCAUCAUGGGGCAGUUUGACCACCCCAACAUCAUCCACCUGGAAGGCGUCGUCACAAAAAGCAAACCAGUAAUGAUAGUGACCGAAUACAUGGAGAACGGUUCUCUGGAUACAUUUUUAAAGAAGAACGAUGGGCAGUUCACGGUCAUUCAGCUGGUUGGGAUGCUGCGAGGCAUUGCAUCAGGAAUGAAGUACCUGUCUGACAUGGGUUACGUACACAGAGAUCUGGCUGCCAGGAAUAUCCUAAUCAACAGCAACUUAGUCUGCAAGGUGUCAGACUUUGGCCUCUCCAGAGUCCUAGAAGAUGACCCGGAAGCAGCAUACACAACCAGGGGAGGGAAGAUCCCCAUCCGAUGGACAGCACCCGAAGCAAUUGCCUUCCGCAAAUUCACAUCGGCCAGCGACGUUUGGAGCUACGGCAUUGUAAUGUGGGAGGUGAUGUCCUACGGCGAGAGACCUUACUGGGAAAUGACAAACCAAGAUGUGAUUAAAGCCGUGGAGGAAGGCUAUCGCCUGCCAAGUCCCAUGGACUGCCCUGCUGCUCUCUACCAGCUAAUGCUCGACUGCUGGCAGAAAGACCGCAACAGCAGGCCCAAGUUUGACGAGAUUGUCAGCAUGUUGGACAAGCUCAUCCGUAACCCAAGCAGCUUGAAGACAUUGGUUAAUGCAUCGAGCAGAGUAUCAAAUCUGUUGGUAGAGCACAGUCCAGUCGGGAGUGGUGCCUACAGGUCGGUGGGUGAGUGGCUGGAAGCUAUCAAAAUGGGCCGAUACACAGAGAUCUUCAUGGAGAAUGGAUACAGUUCCAUGGAUGCUGUGGCUCAGGUGACCCUAGAGGAUUUGAGGCGGCUGGGAGUGACACUUGUUGGUCACCAGAAGAAGAUAAUGAACAGCCUUCAAGAGAUGAAGGUCCAGUUGGUGAACGGGAUGGUGCCAUUGUAACUCGGUUUUAAAGUCGCUUCCUCAAGUGGGUCGGUCCUGCACUUUGUACACUAGCCCUGAGAUUUAUUUUGACUAAAAAAAAAAAAGAAAAGAUAAAAAGGGAAAUUCCGUGGUUUCUAUAACUGAAGGACGUUGGCCUCUGCCGCAGCAUUUCUAAAGCAGUGUUUGACUAAAGUUCUCCUUUUCUUCCUAUUUGUGUCCUCAUUUUCAUGAAGUAAAUGUAAGAUGCAUGGAACAUGGAAAUGAAUCUGCUGUACGUGAGGUUAACCCAUCUCUUAAGCUUCAGCGACGACGACAAGCCUUGCCACCACACGUGGGAUAUAUAUAUAUAGCACCUUUAUAUACUGAAUUACAGCAGUACAUGGUAAUACUUCCAAGGACUGACUUGAGUGGAGGAGUUUUGUAGCCGUUCAUGGGCUCCCAAAAGCUGCAGUUAACUGAAGUUUAACUUCAAGUCUUACUUGUCUACAGAAGUGUAUUGAAGAGCAAUAUGAUUAGAUUAUUUCUCAAUAGAUAUUUUGUUUUGUAAAUUUAAAGAAAAAAAAAUGCUGUUACACAGCAUUAAGUUAUAGAGACUAGUGUAUAAACAUGUUGCUUGCUCCAUGGCAGAUACAAUACAGGGUGUAUAUUUUUUUUUCCUCCCUCUGUGUUACCAAGUUCUUCUUGUUUGCUCUUCUGGGAAGAUAAUACAUGGUGAAGAUGUAUAUACUGUACAGUUUGUUACGCAUCAGGUACAAGAUUGGGGCUCUUUCCUCGGUUUGUUCUUUCUUUCCCCUCUCUUUCACUUUGUUUUCUCUCCCUUUUGUGUUACUGCUGUGCUUUGUAUUUUUGCUGCUGUUUGGUUUGAGCAACAUAUAAAGCCUUCAGGAGUUUCGAUUACGUAUAUGAGGUAGAAGGAGUCUGCUUAAAUAGAAGACGUCGCCCCCUCUUCCUUUCUACCACAGGCUGGGGACGUCCAGAAGAAGAAAAGUAAAGCAUCUGGUUCUCGGUGACCUCCAGCAGCAACCUGGCUUCAGUUUUCAUGUGUAUGAGUCCAGCCCAAAGAUAGCGUGGGAUUGCCUCCUCACCGGUGUUUCAGCCCUGCGGUCAUCACCCAGUGCAGCCCUCGCCCCUGUCCCUGGAGCCCAGGAGAGAAACCACAGGUGGUUGUAGCUGGAAGGAAGGGAUUUUGCUGUUCCUCUUCUCAUUAUGGGGGUCACAUCCUGGGAUGUGGUGUGGAGGCGAGCCUGUGGUCAUCCAGCAUGGAGAUUUUGCAAUAUUUCCCCCAAAGUGGUGGUGGUGGUGGGAUUAUUUUGGAAACUGUGCUGUCCCAGGUUGUCUCUCUGGGCAUUUUCGGUUUGGGUAUGGACCUGGCCACUUUGGGGCAGAGCACAGAGAGGAGGGAAGAGGAGAGCAGCCCAAUGUGGUCACAGCAGUGGCAUCCUGUGGGUGAGAAGGUCCCAUCCAAUCAGCGCAGUUAAUUUGGUAUUCAUAGGUUGGACUUUUUUUUGGGGGGGGGAAAGAUAAGGAUUAAAAAAUGGCUCAGUGGAUGGCAAGUGUUUGCUGUUUCUGUAGAUAUAUUGCUUCCUUAGAGGUUUGGUAGCAUCUUGUAGCAUCCUUCCUUGGUGAUAACAUCGACAUAUUGACUUGCUGCAGCUCCCUUAGUCCCCAGCACUGCAGAGCCGAGGUCAAUGAGCUCAUCCAGUGCCGCAAGGAGGCCUGUGUCCUUCACGUCUUGCAGAAGCAGGUGUUGAAUGCCACCUUCAGCUGUUUCAAAGGUCUUUCUUCCAUUUCCCCCAAGCCUUUGGAUGAGAUUUGAAACAAAGAAUGGUUUCUAAGGGAAAGGUCUACAAGGAGAGGGGUUCUUUUAGCAGCAGGGCUUUGCUUGCUUUCAGCAGGGCUUCUUCAGGCAAUAUUUGCCUGUUCUGAAAUGGCCGUCGCCUCCUCUGCAAGCUGCUGCUGAGCUCCUUGGGAAUUGGGAGUAUUCAGAGGAGGGAGAGGAGCUGUGAUGAGGUUUGACAAAUCUUGGUGGUGUGAUUUCUCAUCCUGUUGUUUCAUUUUGGCAGCCACCGGACCACAAAAGAGGAGGGAAGAUUCAAGACAUAACAAUUUUGGUGCGGCAAAGAGAUUUGUCAUAUAAUAAAUAAGAUCAUUAGAGCUGUUAGCAGAACAGUCUUGGGAUUAUUUGUGCCUUCCUGCCUGCAGGACUUAGGAAAAUAACCUGUAGGAAGACAGAAACAACUCUUUUUGUCAGGAGGAAUUAUUCGGUUGCCGCCCACAUCCAUCGGCCGCACUGAGAGAUGCGAUUAGUUAAUACACAGCACUUUCUGCCCGUCAUCUCCGCUUGUUCCUUAUCUGUUAGCUCUGCUGGAGGAGUUGGGUUUGGUCUUUUUUCAUGGACUUCUAACAGCAAAAUCCCCUUUCCAGCAUUUGUGGGGUUUUAAAGGCGUAUGUGGUAUGGCUGGGAUGCAUACCAGGUGCUGGAGUAACCUUCAAAAUUAUAAACUAGUGAAAAGCAAACUGUUCUUAAGCCAGACUGCAUUUGUAAAUAGGGCAUUUCUUCUUGGUUCCUCCAAUAAAUAAAUAAAUAAUCUUUUCUAUUUAUUUCAAGAGCUGGUCUUGCUACAGAUCUUUGUCUCGGAGCAAAAAAUAAAAUAAAAUGGUCUUUUAACAAGUAGGGUCCAAAAGUUACAGCUUCUAUGUCCAUAAGCAAAUUCCAGAGGUUUCCAUCCACAAACUGCAAGUACGCUGUAUUUUGGGCAUGAUUGUAUAUAUUGGGGUGCAGCAAAAUGAGAUGACAGUGAUAUUUUACUGGCUAUGCUCUUAGUAAGGGCUGUAGGUAGAUUUCCUGCCUAUGGGUAAGUCUGAGCACUUUACUUUUCUAGCUCACUAGUGCUGCAGCUGGUCCAACGAAUACUUUUUUCCCCAUUAGAUUUUGCUGCUCAUUGUGAGGAAGGUAUUUCAGAAGAUGUGGGAGGUGAAAAGGCUCUUUUCGAUCUAGUUUUUCAUUUUGGGAGAAAGAAGUGUCCCCAGGCAUGACUUGCGUAGACUGCCCCCCUUUCAUUGUGUAGCUACCAUUUGGAACACUUACCUGAGCAUAAAAAAGGAAGACUAAUUUAAAAGAAAAAAAAAAAGUUUAAAAUUUUAUUUAUUCCUUCUAUAUGCUAACGGCAAGAACAAAAAAGGUAAUUUUUUUUUUUGUCUAUUCAGUGUUGAAUAUAAUGUAGGAAGUCCCAGUGGUCAAGAAAUUGUGACUACUUGGGCUGCUGUGGUCUUGAAAUUAGUUGUUAAGGCAUAUGUAAGAUGCAUCAGUAGCAGUCUUAAGAGUAACAUUUAGUUUCCAAUCCUUUAUUGUAAUUCCUUAGGACAGGUAGGGCGGGAGCUGGCGCAUCCAGCGCUGCCAGAGCCGCAGCAUCCAUCUCGGCUCCUUGCGUCGGCAUUUUAACUCACAGGAGACUGUAGUGUUGCUGUAUUUAUUCCUCCCCUCCCCCUGCCUCCACCUUGGAUGCUCUCUGUGCAUUUGGUUUGUGUACAUGGGUUUUUUUGUAGUGUAAGAUAUGAGAUUUUCUAUUUUUUCAUAAAAAUAAAAAGCUUUGACUAACAGUGA